AUGGCGGAGAACAUUUACUCCAAAGGUACUCGUGUCUGGUUUGAAGAUAAGGACCAGGCGUGGAUAUCUGGAGAGGUCACCUCCGUCACCAAGGGCGCAAAUGAUACGAUUAAGCUCGCCUUCGUUGACGAGCGUGGAAAGGAAAUUACGAUAGAUACGACUGGGAAACAAAUCAAAGAUGGAAGGGAAGGCUUACCACCUUUGCGGAAUCCUCCACUACUGGAGACUGCCGAUGAUUUGGCGACCCUUUCACACCUCAACGAACCUUCUGUGCUUCAUACAAUACGAAAUCGAUAUGCUCAACACAGCAUAUACACCUACAGCGGGAUCGUACUCAUUGCCGUCAAUCCUUUCCAACGCGUUGCUCUAUACGGACCCGAGAUUCUACAAGCUUACAAUGGCCGAAAACGAGGGGAGCUGGAACCUCAUCUAUUUGCUAUUGCGGAGGACGCGUACACAGCUAUGAGAAAGGAGGGUAUGGGGCAAACUAUCAUUGUUUCUGGAGAAAGUGGUGCAGGCAAAACGGAGUCUGCAAAAUACAUAAUGCGGUAUCUUGCGUCGGUCAACCCCCCAGAUUCGACGACAUCGAAGACAAAGUUCAAGCUCUCUCUUGACGACUCUACUGAAAUCGAAAGACAAAUACUUGCCACGAAUCCCAUCCUUGAAGCGUUCGGGAAUGCCAAGACAACCCGAAAUGACAACUCAUCGCGUUUCGGGAAAUACAUACAAAUUCUCUUUGACGGGAAACAAGAAAUCGUCGGGGCCCGAAUACGGACCUACCUUCUGGAACGGUCAAGGAUCGUCUUCCAACCCCCCACGGAAAGGAACUAUCACAUCUUUUACCAACUUUGCGCAGGUGCUCCAUUGAAGGAGCGAAAAGAUCUUGGUUUGGACACGGACAUCACAAAGUUCCACUAUUUGAAACAGGGAGGACCGCAUUCGACACCGAUUGCAGGCGUAGAUGAUGCAGAAGAGUUUAGAGCAACGCAACAGGCACUAUCGACAGUUGGGAUCAGUGUUGAAAAGCAGUGGGCCGUGUUCCGGUUAUUAACUUCCCUCUUACAUCUUGGGAAUAUCAAGAUCGUGUCCUUGCGGAGCGACUCGUCGAUUGACGAUAACGAUGCUGCAUUGCAACUUGCCACUAGGUUUCUAGGUGUCAACCUCGCGGAAUUCAAGAGAUGGACAAUCAAGAAGCAGAUCAUCACGCGAUCUGAAAAGAUUGUGACUUCGUUAAAUGGGGCCCAAGCGACAGUUGUUCGUGAUAGCGUGGCUAAAUUCGUGUAUGCUUGUCUAUUCGAGUGGCUGGUGGCAAUAGUCAACGAGAGUUUGGCGGGCGAAAAUGGGGAUGCUGCCGAUCGUGCUGAAAUGUUCAUCGGAGUCCUCGAUAUCUACGGUUUCGAACAUUUCCAGAAGAACUCUUUUGAGCAAUUUAGCAUCAACUAUGCCAACGAGAAGUUGCAGCAAGAAUUCAACUCACAUGUGUUCAAAUUAGAGCAAGAGGAAUACAUGAAGGAAGAGAUCAAUUGGACAUUCAUAGAGUUUUCGGAUAAUCAACCAUGCAUAGAUGUGAUUGAAGGAAAACUCGGCGUUCUGGCACUCCUCGAUGAAGAAUCCCGCAUGCCGUCUGGAACCGACCAAAAUUUCCUGCAAAAACUCAAUACGCAGCUCGCCAAACCCGAGCACAAAAACGUUUUCAAGAAACCUAGAUUUGGAAGUUCUGCCUUCACCAUCUCCCACUAUGCCCUCGAUGUGACGUACGAAGUUGAGGGUUUCCUGGAGAAGAACCGGGAUACAGUGCCGGAUGAACACAUGAAUCUACUCGCAUCCACUAAAAAUCCAUUUCUAAAGGAGGUCUUGGACGCAGCGCUGAUGUCCACCAAAGCGCCAGACAGCCCUCAUCCUUCGUCUCCAGUCCCAUCCGAUUCCGGAAGUGGCGGAUCUCGACGCUCCUCUGUGAUCCCUGACCCUGGUCGUCAAUCAUGGGUGACUCCCACCCCCAAUGCAGCGGCGACUAGCGGCCCCAGGCGUGGUGGAGCUGUCGCUAGAAAGCCCACCCAAGGAUCCAUUUUCAAGGCCUCUCUGAUCACUCUCAUGGAUACAUUGAGCGUCACCAAUGUCCACUAUAUCCGUUGUAUCAAACCGAACGAAGCAAAACGUCCCUGGGAGUUUCAACCUCAGCAGGUUUUGGGUCAGUUGAGGGCGUGUGGUGUUUUGGAAACGAUUCGAAUCAGUUGUGCCGGUUAUCCAACUCGUUGGACAUACGAAGAGUUUGCGGAACGAUACUAUAUGCUUGUUCCUUCGGCUAUCUGGCAGCCGAUGAUACAAGCUUUGGAGCUGAAAAAACUUUGCUCUAUCAUUCUCGAGCGUACUAUCAAUGAUCCAGACAAGUACCAAAAUGGUUUGACGAAGAUCUUCUUCCGAGCGGGUAUGCUCGCUGCGUUGGAGGCUUUGCGGUCUGAUACUCUGAACGCGAUGGUUACUGUCGUUCAAAAGAACAUGCGUAGACGUAUGGCUGUCAAGAAAUACCAGGAGCUACGGAACGCCACGAUCAAGAUACAGACAUGGUGGAGAGGCAUCAUGGCCAAGAGAUUCGUCGAGUUCGUGCGACGCGAAACUGCUGCUAUUCGGCUCCAAAGGGUUGUGCGACGGUUCGUACAGAGGAAGAAGUACAAGAAUAUCAUUUAUGCAGUUGUCUUGUUCCAGAGUCGUGUACGCGGCCUUCAGGCUCGCGAACGACACCGAGAAAACCGGAGUACCUUUGCUGCUAUUCACUUACAAAGCUUCUUUCGCGGUUGUCUUGUUCGCCGUACCUUCCGCUCUGACGUACGACAUGUUGUUUACUUGCAAUCCUGCCUGCGUAGACGUAUUGCUCGCAAGCAGCUCAAGGCGUUGAAGGCAGAAGCCCGUUCCGUCUCCAAGUUCAAAGAAAUAUCUUACAAACUGGAGAACAAAGUGGUCGAGCUCACGCAGACGUUGCAGACGCGAACGGAAGAGAAAAAGCAUCUGCAAGUGAAACUUACAGAGCUGGAAGAAAAACUCCGGCAAUGGAUUAGCCGUCACGAAGAGGCUGACGGGAAGGUACGACAACUACAAACCUCCUUGCAGGCAGCCGAACUUGGACUUUCGCGAAGGGACGAGCUAGUAGAAGCGAAAGCAGAUAUUGAGAAGCGUUUGGAAGAGGCACUGGCUAAAGCUACGGAAAGGGAGGAAACCAUUCAAAAACUCACCAAUGAUUUGAUCCGUCAAGCGACUCAGCUUGAGCAGCAACAACGGACAAUAGAUGCUACACCUUCCCGCAACACGGAGGACAGUUCGGUGAUCAUGACUCUCAAGAAUGAAGUCAGUAGCCUGCGCGAACAGCUCAACCGGUCUAAUGCUUUGAAUUCUCUUACAAGAGGUUCUCGUGCGGAACCUCCACUUUCCCCUACCUUCGCUCCCACUCUUCGAGGUAGCGAUGCAAAUCCUGCAGCGGCACAUAAUGGUGGCGCAGCCUCUGGCCAACGUCAUCAACGUAGACACAGUUCAGCAGGUGUUUACGCUCUUCAGCCGGCAGACAACAGAACAUCUACAGAUGAAAUCAUGUUUGAUGUAAAACGAAGCCAAGCCAUGAACCCUCGUGCCGUUUCGGUCGCGUAUAACGGCGAGAACUUCUUGCGAUUCCAUCAAAACGGCCUUCCAGGUAUUCGUGACGACGACUUGGCAGAAGAGAAGAUCAGGCUUUUACAGGACGUCAAACGACUCGAUGAGGAUGUCUUGGACGGGUUGAUUAGGGGUUUGAAGAUCCCUGCACCAAGUCUAACGAACCCAUCGGCGGUCAAGGAGAUUCUCUUCCCUGCGAACCUGAUCAGUUUAGUGACGAACGAGAUGUGGAAGUAUGGGCUCAUUCCUGAGAGCGAAAGGUUCCUUGCGAACGUCAUGCAAACCAUUCAAGCGCAUGUUAUGUCCUUCGUGGGGGAAGACGCGAUUAUUCCCGGGAUCUUCUGGCUGUCGAACGUGCAGGAAAUGCUUUCCUUCAUCUGCGUUGCCGAGAGUGACAUGCUGCAGGGCAUAGGUCCUGGAGAGGAAAACUCUGUGCGUCCGUUUGACUGGAACGAUUACGAACGGUUGGUGUCUGUCGUCAAACAUGACUUGGACAGCUUGGAAUACAACAUCUACCAUACUUGGAUGCUGGAAACAAAGAAGAAGUUGUCGAAGAUGGUCAUUCCUGCCUUGAUUGAGAGUCAAUCAUUACCGGGAUUCACGACGAGCGAUGGUGGAGGGCGUCUGUUCAACCGUCUGCUCAAUACGAACAGCCACCCAGCGUACAGCAUGGAUGACAUUCUGAAUCUGUUGAAUAAGGUGUGGAAGAGUCUGAAAAGUUAUUAUAUGGAGGAGCCCGUGGUACAACAGGUGGUUACGGAACUCUUGAAAUUGAUUGGUGUCACGAGCUUCAACGACCUACUAAUGCGACGGAACUUUUCAUCUUGGAAACGAGCGAUGCAAAUACAAUACAACAUCACCCGAAUUGAGGAAUGGUGUAAAUCUCAUGAUAUGCCCGAAGGGACUCUUCAAUUGGAACACUUGAUGCAAGCGACCAAGCUGUUACAGCUGAAGAAGGCUACGCCUGCUGAUAUUGAAAUCAUAUACGACGUCUGCUGGAUGCUAAGCCCGAUGCAGAUUCAACGGAUGUGCACGAACUAUUACGUCGCAGAUUAUGAGAACCCGAUUUCCCCUGAAAUACUUCGAGUCGUCGCUGCGCGCGUGCAGGCGAACGACCGUAAUGACCAUCUCCUUCUGUCACCAGAAACAGAAGAGGUUGGACCGUAUGAGUUACCACUUCCACGGGAAGUGUCUGGACUGGAGACCUAUGUACCGGCCUACCUGAACGUGUCACAUUUGAGAAGACUUGCUGCUUUGGUUUCGUAG